AUGCACCUCUACAUUCGACACACCAUCUUGGCUCGAGCCGAGGUGUCCAAGGGUCCAGUCAAGAUGCCAGCACUGUGCUCGCAAAAUCUCAAACCGGAUCAUGAGCUGGUGCUAGUGCGUACUCCUGACUACGAGCGCCACCAGUUCCCUUUCUGUGUCUUCCCUGACCUGCAGGAGUACCACACUUCUGACCUCUUCAUCCGGCAUCCGGAUCCGGCCAAGGCCGAUCUGUGGCGCACAACAUCGCGCCUAGACGAUGUGAUUGUCUUUCUCAACGGCGAGAAGACGAACCCGAUCUCGAUGGAGCAGCAUGUCAUCGCCGCCAACCGGGAGGUGACCGGAUGCCUGGUCGCUGGUGCACAACGCUUUCAGGCGGCGCUGAUCGUGGAGCUCGGGCAGACAGAAGCAGCACUGACUGUCAGUGAGCGCGCUGCUAUGAUUGAGAAGCUCUGGCCCAGCAUUCAAGCGGCGAACAGUGAGUCUCCAGCUCACGCGCGCAUUGCCAGGUGCCACAUUCUGUUUACCACCCCCAAAAAGCCCAUGUUGCGCGCUGGCAAGGGAACCAUCCAACGGGUUGGUACAUUGAUGCUCUAUGCGCCGGAGCUGGAGGCUCUCUACACCGACGCUGAGAGGUUGGCGCAGGCCACCGGGGGCAUAGCGGCAGGGCCUGGUAGUGUGGAUGAUGCUGGUGAAACGGUGAUUCUGACUGGCUCGACGGGCCAACUGGGCUCAUACAUCCUCGAUGCGCUCCUGAAGAAUCCCUCCGUGAGGCAUAUUCAUUGCCUCAACCGCAAUGAACGCGCCCGAGAGACACAGCACGGACGCAUGGCGACGUAUGGUCUGACCUUACUGGCUAACCAAAAGUUCCGUGUGAGUUUCUGGACGGCGCAUCUCAGCCGAGGGGAUCUCGGAUUGCAACGCGGGAUCCUCAAGCAGCUACAGCAAACGACAAUAUUGAUCAUCCACAACGCCUGGACGGUGAACUUCAACCACUCGCUCGCGUUCUUCGAGCCCCACCUCCAGGGCGUGGUGAGCCUCAGCAAUUUCACAGCUCGCAGCCCCCAGUCCCCGCGCCUUUUCUUUCUCACCUCCAUCAGCUCAACCACAGGCCACAAGACCGAGUCCAGCCUGACCCCCGAGACGGUCAUCACCACCACCACCACCACCACCCCCGCCCUGAACGGCUACGCGAACAGCAAGUACAUCGCCGAGCAUCUGCUGGACCGCGCUGCGCAACAGCAGCAGCACUCCAAGAACAAUUUGGCGCUUCUCGGCGGGGCACUAGAUGAGAUCCUCCCUGUUAUCGCCAGAGAACUUGCGGCGCGGAGCGAUGUUAACGAGCUUGAGAUAAUCCCACUGCGGGAGUGGGUGCAGCGGGAUCGGCUGGAUAUUGAGACCGCUGGGCGCGGGAAGGACCGUAAGAAGCUCGAAGAGACGGAGUUGCAACUGCUUCUGGCGCGUCAUCCGGCGAUCAAACUGCUGGGGCUCUUUGAGGGCUUGAUCGGACAGACUGAGUCGGAGGAUGCGCUGGAGACGGUGCGUACAGCUGAGGUUAGUAGACGGCUGCAAGAGGUGGAGGGCGUGCAGCCGCAAUGGGUCCGGCAGUGGAUUGUGGAGUGGUUGAAUUAGUUUCUUCUUGCAAUUUGUGACCGCUGUAAUGGACUAAUCCAUUCACGUUAUCGUCAUCGCUUUCCUUCGUGACAAGACUGAAUCUAUGAGAAGGAAGCUUGUGCGUUUUUGGAGGGUGAACGAGAACAUGUGGUUGGAGUGGUAGACAUUCAUUGCAACGCCAGGAAGCCUUGUCAGGGAUUAAGCUCAGAGCCUGUUU